AAAUAUGGUAAAUCCGUCCGCCUUUUACUUUAUCCACUCCGAUGCAUUUCCCCAAUCACAGCAUCCCAACACUUCCUAAUGCCCCCCAUUUUCAUUUCUCUAGUUCCUCGCAAUUCUCGCCGCCGCCCCUCUCCUCCUCCUCCUCUGCCGCCGCCCUCCUUCAUUUUUCCUACUCAGAUUUGGGAAAUGUUUUAUGAAGUGGAACUAGUUAAAGAUGUGGAAAUCACAGCGGAAAAGGAAAAGAGAGAUGCUCUCAACUUUCAGAGGUACAUUAUAACAUGUCUAUUAGAGAACUUAUUGAAGGAGAAGGCCAACAAAGACCAUGGCUAUUUUCUUGCUGUUACUAGCUUGAAGAGCAUAGGCAAGGGAGUGGUUAACAGUCAGUCUCAAUGUGUUUCAUUCCCCAUUACCUUUAGUUGUCGUACCUUUUUGCCUUUCGAGGGGGAGAUCUUGCAUGGAGUUGUUCAUCACAUAUUUCGGCGUGGCUUACUCUUAAAAUGUGGACCGAUCAAGUACGUGUUUCUUUCAGCUUGUAAAAUGCCAACCUACCAUUAUGUUGGUGGUGAAAAUCCUGUAUUCUCAAGUAACGAAUUUGCAACGAUCGGAAACGAUGUCGUUGUACGGUUCAGUGUGCUUGGUGUGAGAUGGAUAGAGAAAAGAGGAUGUAUCAAAAAAGAGUUUGUGAUGCUUGCUAGCUUAGAAGGUAACAACUCACUUGGACCUAUUUCAUUGUCUGACUCCGAUGAGUUUGACUUGUAAAUUUAGAAUACAAACGACAAACUUGGGAAUGUUUCACUGUAAUAUAUUCUUACACGGCUUGCUUAUUUCUUCC